AUGGUUAAAGGAGAUUCAGAAUAUUUAUUUUCUUCAAAAGCCGAUUCUGAAAAAUCAGAAUCAUCAACUCUUCAGGCGAAAGAUGAUGAUGAUGAAGAAAAGGAAGAAAAAGAAGAAGAAGAAGAUGAUGACGACGAUAUGUGGAUUACAUUUCACCCUACAGCAGAAAACGAUGGUGAUUGUUGCUUGAUUGGAUAUCAUGAGAAGCAACCUUUGAAGGUUUUAUUCGCCCGAGGGGGGACUUCUCACAAUUUCAUUAAUGAAACCCUAGCAGAUAAGCUAGGUUGUGAGUCAUGCCCAAUCAAGACUAGAAAUGUUAUCUUGGGUUUUGAAAGAAUGGUGACUUCAAGAGUAUGCCAAAAUUUUCAAUUCUCAGUGCAAGACAACUUAUUUACCUUGAAGCUAUAUCUUGUCCCAUUGUCCUCAGAUUAUGAGAUUGUAUUCGGAAAUCAGUGGAUAUGAACUCUGGAGAAUUUUAUCUUUCAACAUAGUUUUGUAAUUUUAUUACUUUAAAGGUAAAAAUGACUUUGAGUUUCAAUGAAUCAGUUAAUGAUGAAGAUGAAGAUGAAGACAACAAGCGCAGAGAGU